ACUCUUUGAUCUUAAUAUGAUCUUAUGACAGUUGUAAAACGACUCUCACAACGGUGAGUUGUGUGCAUUGAUUUAACUAUUUUGUCGUGUGUGUUGCUAAGAUUCUGUGUGGAUUGGACAAUUCAAUUUACUAGUUAAACAUGGCAACAUCAGUCCUACAACCUGCUGAAUGUCGUCGUGAUCCAAAACUUGACCAUGCCUCUCUCAGACUCACUGAAGAGGAGCGCCAAGCUAUCCUGGAAGCUAAGGAAAGGGAGACAGGGGAGCUGCCUCCUGAGCUUCGUGAAAGGGCCAGGGUAGAGAUAAGGGAAGAAUCUGCGUUAAGGGAGGAGGCUCUCGCGCAAAUGAGACAUUUUAUUGAGAAGCAUCCAGCGAUUAAGAAGUGUAGAACAGAUACCCCCUUCCUACUGAGGUUCCUGCGUACCAAGAAAUUCUCAAUACCACAAGCCUGCUCAAUGCUUGAGCGAUACCUGACAAUUCGCCAAAUGUAUCCUCAGUGGUUCCAGAAGUUAGAUCCAUUGGACCCUAAGUUGGCGGCGGUUAUAGAUGCUGGGUACCUGGUGCCUUUACCCAAAAGAGAUUCAGAAGGGAGACGGGUCGUGCUUUCUUGUAUGGGCCGCUUUGACCCUUACGGAUAUGACAGUUGUGUGAUGGCGCGAAUCCAUUCUAUGAUCGUUGAGUUGCUUUUGGAUGAGCCUCGAUCCCAACUCCUUGGAUACACGCAUGUGAACGACGAGGCUGGUAUGCAGAUGCCCCACGUGUCAUUAUGGUCACUAAGUGAUGUCAAAGUCAUGCUCAAUUGUAUACAGAACUCUACGCCAAUGCGCCACAAAUGCACGCAUUUCGUCAAUAUUCCCCACUAUGGCGUCAAAUUCUUCGAGUUUGCUGUUUCUUUAUUGAGCGACAAAUUAAAAGAUCGUGUUAUGUUUCACCGAAAUACCGACGAUUUGAACAAGCAUGUUGAUGCCUCAAUACUGCCCAAGGAGUACGGAGGCACCGUUCCUUUAAAAGACAUGAUCGAAGAACUAAAACGCAAGUUACUGAAGCAUAGAGAAGACUUACUUGCACUUGAUGACUUGUGUAUAGAUUUACAUGCAUUAGGAAAAAAUGAUUUGACGCAAGAUAUACAUUCAACUGCUGGUUCUUUUAGAAAACUUGAAUUAGACUAGGUUUUAAUCACUUAAAAAUCCUACUUCUAUAAAUUGGUAUAAGUUUACUUAUGUCUAUGAGAUAAAUACAUUUAAGAGUUAUUAUUGUUUAUGUAGUUGUUUUCUGAUCAAAACCUAAUUCAGAUAUGUUUUGAUAUAGCGUUUUAAAGCAGGCUUUAACGAAAUAUAACAUAUUUUUAUAAUAAUUAACAAUGAAUCCUUGUGAUAUUUUUUGAAAUUAUACCUGAAACAUUGACUUUUUAGUAAUGUAAGUUUAAAAAUGAUAAUUAAUAUAAAAAACAUAACAAUUGUUUUACUUGACAUUAAAAACAUAUGAAAAGGUUUACCUACUUGCCA